GUCAUCACAAAGAGACCUUGCGGUUAAAAAAUUUGGAGAAUUAACCAGUGCAUAUACAAGAUUAAAACAAGAAAAUAAUACUUUACAUGAAGAAAUAAAAAAACAACUUGAAGAUAUUAAUAAAAAAUUGAAUACUGAUACUUUAGCAACAAAUUUAGCAGAUAAAUUAAAACCUUUAAUAAGUGAAGAUAUUAAUUAUGAAACAGUAAAAGAAAAUAUAAAGAAGCAGAAACAUAAAAAGAACUAUAUAAUAAAGCUAAGGAUGAAAAAGAAAGAACAUGAUAAUUAUAAAAGAGAUUUAAGAAAAAGUGAAGAAGAAAAAAGAAAAAUUAAUCUUGAAAUUCAAAAAAAU